AGCAACUUCGAUCUCAGUUUCCUGUCAUAAACCUCCUGCAGGCUGCAGCUACCUUGUUGCAUGGUCUUCUCAUAACAGAUAAUUCACUCUCUCAAGCGCAUCUCCAUAAAUACAUAUUAAAUACUAUUUUGACGACCAACACGACUUUUUGACGAGACCAUUAAACCAAUGACGACCACCGCCCCUAGAACAAGCCCUGUGACUUCACGACGCAGUCUAUCGACCACCUCAUCUCCGUCCCACUCACCAUCUUCCUCAAUCUCUAGAGGUGCCACGGCUCGUUCAGCGGCCAGCCCUCGUACUCCUUCCUCUUUGAAUUCUGCUGCCACCCGCAGACCCACUUCAAAAUCGUCUUCUGUCCCUGGACAGAACGCGGAGGCUGCCGAAGCUCUUUCGGUUGAACUGAAGGAUGCAACAGAGAAAAAGGAGAAGCUUCUGGUGCAGCUUCAAGACAAAGACCAAACAAUCUCGACUCUAGGAAAGGAAAACGACGAUUUAACUUCUGCCUUGCAUGCUGCGGAAAUACGCUUAAAUGACCUCUACGCCGAACAGAGUCGUUCCGAACAGGAACUUGCGCAGAGAAUAGACAUAUCUGAAAAACUCCGAUCUCAAGUGCGCGAAUUAGAGAAGGAGAAGAGAGAUCUUCUACGUAGAUACAACGAACAGACGUCUACCUUCGAUGCAGAGCGGCAAGCCUUCUAUGACAACGAACAACAUUUAAAAUCUCGUAUCCAAUCACUAUCACAAGUUCGGAGGAAACCCGAAAGCCCCACGUACCCGGAAGUAGAAUCCGAAACUGAGUACGAGGAGGAGGAAACGGAGGUAAACACCUCGCCGGAGGACGUGGCUUCAAAGCAGGACAUGAGCGAUCCAGAACAAGAACCAGCCGAAAUGACCGCCCUUCGACUAGAAUUAUCCACUCUUUCCACAUCAUACUCUUCGCUUCAGAGUACCUGUGUUCUCUUACAGACCCAGUUGAUUGACCUCAAUAGAGUCAAUAAACAACUGCAGGAGGACAACGAAAGCUAUAUGAUAUUACUGCAGGAACGGACCUUAAACGGUCAAUUUGACCUGUUGAAACAGGUGGGAGGAGGCGACGACGACGACGAAGAAUCUGAUCGCGGGGACGUGGGAAGUCUUCGCAGUACUGGCCGCAGUACUCUGGAUCGCGUUGAGGAAGAGAUGCCAGAAACCACUGGCAGCUUGGCUGAUGAACUCAGCGCGCGCAUUAUGCCUGAAGGGUCUGAUUCACAUCAUGGGCGAGUGCGACAGGGUCGCAGCCAUGAGUCUUCCACUUCUCAUUCACCGGAUGGCCCUAGGGGCGAGUCACUCGCUGACUUACCUAUAACUGGUCCUGGCUUGGAUCUAGCUGCAGAACUUGGUCGCGCUGAGAACAAAGAUAUACUUGAGGGUAAUGUUGAUGAGCCGCUAGUCAAUUCUAAAGGCAAGAGAUCUAGAAAGGAUUCAAAGGGAGCCUCUGGUUUCCUUGAACCCAGUGUUUCAACUAGCGACGUCUUGGCUCUGCGCUCAGAAGUGAAGGCGCUCAAAGACGCUAAUAAGGCCCUUUCUCUGUAUGCAUCAAAGAUCAUUGAUCGAAUCAUCGCUCAGGAAGGUUUCGAGCAUGUUCUGGCAAUCGAUUACGAGAAUGAGCCUCCUACUCCCUCUACCGCAGCACCCAAAACUGCAAAAGCAAGACCACAAUCUGUCAUUGUUGGCCGUUCAGCCUCAGUGUCUUCCGGUAGCGAGUCUCUUCACCUGAAUAGUCCUGGUUUCAACGUUCCAAAACUAGGAAACCCUACACCUCCUAGCGCCACCACCAAGGCAUCUCGCCGUUCAUUGUCUUUCGAUUGGAAGGGAUUUUCACUCUUCAAUAAUGCUGAGAAGAAGCCAGAGUCUAAUUUGCGUCCACUCACCUUGAAACCUGGAGCCAGUCCAGUCACUAGUGCAAGAAAACUAGAUACCACGGAAGACGAAAAUGAUCGGCGCGAACGAGAGAGAAUCAAUGCCACUAUGAAACUCAUGGGCAUUGAAACACCUGCUUCACCUGCUCCAAUGCAGAAAGCUUUCUCUUCGCCGGGCCCUGCGCCACCUCCCAGCGCCGGAACCAAUAGGCGUUUCUCGAUUUUCGGUUCUCGAACACCCGCGUCUGAGCCUUCCUCUUCCCCGCUAUUAACAUUUACACCUUCAUUAAGCGCCAAUUCAUCGCGUAUCGGCCUCGGUAUCGAGGGUACAGAGCUCACUCAGGAAGCCCUUGAACAUGCUGAGGCUGAGAAUACUCUGGCUGCUCUGGAUGCACACGAACGCAGUCUCUCCUCAGAAAUCGCGAAGGGUUCCAGUGGAGGCUUUACUGAAAUCAGACGGAGUAAUCGCCGUGGACGCAGAAGUGCAGGGGGUAGCGAUAGUGGGAGGAGCGGGAGGAGUACCGUUUGGAGUGCCGGUAUGAGUGCUACUGGCGAAGAUGAUGAUUGAUUUCUCGUAGUAAGAUUACAAUAACAUUUUGAUAGCAUGCAUAUCUAGCUAAGGUCUUUCGUCUCGUUAUACCCGUAACCCAAGUACAUAUCAUAUGUUGUGUUGUUACAAGGCUUAUAAUAAUUAUAACACUGUUCGCCUC